AUGGAUUCAGAGAAGAAGAGUAGAGAUGCUCCUACAACACUUAAGUUUUUUCAAAUGGGAAUAUGGUGGUUCUCAAUGUUGAUCUCUCUUGGGUACAUAAUGGUUUGGAUUAUGAUGCCCACAAACACCUUCUUCCUGCAUUGGUUACCUGACAUUCAAGCAAAGACAGAUACAAUAUUCUUCGGAAAACAAGGAACAAACUUACUCGUUUACACAUUUCCCAUUUUAUUUAUGACCACUUUGGCCAGUCUAUACCUUCAUUUGGAGCAGAAACGUUCUAAUCAUAAUACUGAAAGCAAGGUGGAAUUUAUAGGAUUGGCAUCAUGGAAAAGACCAUUGCUUGUAAAUGGUCCUCUUGGGAUUGUCUCUAGGACAGAGCUCGCUUUCAUUGUCAUGUUUGUUUUACUAUUAAUUUGGUCCUUCUGCUCCUACUUACAUGGCAUGUUUGCAAGCGUGGUUACGCAAGCAGCUAACUAUAGAGAGCAAGUGUGGGAAGCCAAGCUGGAAAAUUCAGGCCUCGCUUUAGGCCUUGUUGGGAAUAUUUGCUUAGCUCUUCUGUUCUUUCCGGUCUCAAGAGGGUCUUCAGUUUUGCAGUUCAUUGGCCUAACUUCAGAGGGAAGUAUCAGGUAUCAUAUCUGGCUAGGACAUAGUGCAAUGGCCCUCUUCACAGCCCACGGACUAAGUUACAUUGUUUUUUGGUACAUGACACAUCAAAUGUCAGAGUUAUUCACAUGGAACAAAGUUGGCGUCUCAAUUGUGGCUGGAGGCGUAUCUUUGUUAGCAGGAUUAACCAUGUGGGCUGCUACCUUACCUUCUAUAAGGCGAAAAGUUUUUGAGCUUUUCUUCUACAUUCAUCACCUUUACAUUGUUUUUGUAGUCUUCUUCGUGCUACAUGUAGGAAUUUCCUAUUCUUGCAUAAUGCUCCCAGGAUUUUACCUAUUCUUGAUCGAUCGGUACCUGAGAUUCCUACAGUCCCAGCAGAAUAUUCGGUUGGUUUCUGCUCGUGUUUUGCCUUGUGAAGCUGUUGAACUGAAUUUCUCCAAGAAUCCAGUGCUGUGCUAUGCUCCUACGAGUAUCAUUUUCAUAAAUGUUCCUAGUAUUUCCAAGUUGCAGUGGCACCCUUUUACGAUCACCUCCUGCAGCAAUACUGAUUCUGAUACCUUAAGCAUUGUCAUCAAAAGCUCAGGAAGCUGGUCCCAUAGUUUGUACCAGAAGCUAUCAUCUUCAUCUCCAUUGACCCACCUUGAUGUCUCAAUUGAAGGACCAUAUGGACCAGCUUCAACCUUUUUCUCAAGGCAUGAAAUGCUAGUGAUGUUUAGCGGAGGAAGUGGCAUUACUCCUUUCAUCUCCAUAAUCCGUUCGCUUCUGUUUAAGGCCAACACUGAAGGGGGCAAAGCUCCUAGAGUUCUUCUCAUAUGUGCCUUCAAAAAGUCCAUUGAUCUUACCAUGAUAGACCUCCUUCUCCCUGUUUCAGGCACUGCCCUUGACAACUCACUCUUGCAGCUUCAGAUUGAAGCCUAUGUAACAAGAGAAAAGCAGCCAGCAAUGAAUGACAGAAAGCAUCUUCAAACAUUAUGGUUCAAGUCAAAUGCAUUAGAUGAACCAGUUUCUGCAGUCUUAGGACAAAACAGUUGGCUCUACCUUAGCAUUAUAAUCUCAUCCUCCUUUAUAUUAUUCCUUCUACUCGUUGCCAUCCUAAAUAGAUAUUACAUAUAUCCAAUUGACCAUAAUUCAGACCUGAUAUACCCUUAUUUCGCAAGGUCCAUUCUAAACAUGUUAUUGAUAUGUGUAUCUAUAGUCAUUGCAGCUACAUCUGCUUUUCUCUGGAACAAGAAACAGAAUAAGGAUUGUAAGCAGAUGAAAAACACUUACACAUCGACUCCAUCAACUUCUCCGGGCUCAGUAUGCUACAAUGCUGACAGAGAAUUAGAGAGUCUUCCCUUCCAAUCCUUUGUCCAAACAGCUAAAGUACAUUAUGGUGAAAGACCUGAUGUAAAAAAAAUACUCUCUGACUGUGAUGGAUCAAGCAUUGGAGUUCUUGUUAGUGGCCCAAGGAAAAUGAGACAUGAAGUGGCAUCAAUCUGUACAUCAUCUUCAACAGAUAACCUACAUUUUGAGUCCAUUAGCUUCAGCUGGUGA